AUGGCGCUAGGCCAGCGCGAGGGGCAUAGAGCCGCAUUAUGGUGCAGCGCCGCGGCCGCGCCGCGAGGAUUAGUGCUGGCCGCCCUUGGCGGCGCUGGAAGCAGCCGAGCAGUUGUCUUUUGCGUUGGCGGCGGCGCGGAGGUUACGUCGUCGUGGCGUUCCCAUCUUUCGCCGCCCCCGCGCGCCCUCUCGCGGGCUGUGGAGCAACUGCUCUUAUCGCGCGCGGCGUCUGCUGCGGCCGGCGCGCGCGCGCCAGCCGCUAAUGAACGCGAGUGGGAGAGAGGGAAAAAAAGAAGACGCUGGGCGCGUUCUUGUUGGCUGAGUGCUGCAUUAAUUGGAGGCGUUGCCCAUGGAGAGCAACUUCUGUGCCGUGAGUUUUCGGAUAGUUUAGUUCCAUGGAAUGUUGGAUGGCCAGAUUACAAUCCGGAUGAUUUUACGGCACCAGUUAUUUUGGGAAAGCCGUGGGCUGAUAGAGAUAUAUCUGAUCCUACUUUUUCCCCUAAAUGGAAUAGUAUAGACGGACAUGUUAACAGACAAAGCUUUGUGAUCAACUAUUCUGUGAAAGACAAAAGACCCUUAAAUCCUGUGGGUCGAACAGGGCUAUCUGGGCGAGGUUUAUUGGGUCGAUGGGGACCAAAUCAUGCUGCUGAUCCUAUUGUUACCAGAUGGAAACGAAAAGGCUCGCGUGACGUGAUUAUUCAUCCAAAAAGUCAGAAGAAGAUUUUGCAGUUGGUUGCUAUUCUGCGAGGAGACUCUGGUGAAUGGGCCGUACCUGGUGGGAUGGUAGACCCUGGUGAGGAAGUGGACGAUACAUUAAAAAGAGAAUUUCUUGAAGAAGCCUGCAAUUCUUUAGAAAAAUCAGACUCUCUAGAGGAGCACAAAGAAAUAAUUGAUUCAUUUUUUGACAAUGGAGAAGUGGUAUACGAAGGUUAUGUCGAUGAUCCAAGAAACACAGAUAAUGCUUGGGUAGAAACAGUUGCUAUGCAUUUUCAUGAUGAUGAUGGUAAUACUACUGGGGUUAUACCACUUCAAGCAGGAGACGAUGCCCCCCCUCCCGCCGCGAAACACUUGUCGGAUCCGCGCGCCUCGCGGAAGGCGAUCGCUGUGGGGCGCGCGCGCGUCGCUUUCUCGCCGCGCCCCUCGCGGCGCGGAGUCUUCUGCCGCGCCUUUCGCCCUGGAGCGGCGCCAGAGCUGCAGCGCAGGCUUUUGUUCUCGUUCCAGUUGGCGAUGGGGCGCAGCGGCUACACCUGCGUGCGCCAUGUCUUCUGCACGCUCAACGUCCUCAUGUGGCUGUGUGGCUGCGGGAUGCUGGGCGCGGGCAUCUGGCUCCGGCUCAGUUAUGCCGGCUACACAGUUUUCACGCCGCAGUUUAGCAUGAUCAGUGCCGACAGCCUGUUCAUUGCAACUGGAGUCAUAAUGUUUGUGGUAGCCUUCUUUGGUUGCUGUGGUUCCUGGUUCCAGAGCCGAUGCAUGCUCAUCACGUACUUCAGCCUCGUGAUCUUCAUGUUCCUUGUGGAGUUCCUGUUUGCAACAUUGGCCUUUGUAUUCAGAGAAAUCCUUGGAAAUACAUUAAAGCAAGAAUUGUUAACAGGAAUCACAAAACAUUAUGAGAAUGACUCUUCCAACAGCUUGUACAAGACGUGGUCUCAUAUCCAUCAUGAGUUCCAUUGUUGUGGUGUUAAGGAUUAUCAAGAUUGGUACUAUAUUUCUGCUUGGCCAGAAAUGAGAUAUGUGCCAAGUUCCUGCUGCAUUCCAAACAUGACAAAUAUUACAGGUUGUGGAAUGAAUGAUCCCCCAGAUAUAGAUAUCAUUUACACACAAGGAUGUGCUGAGCAAGUCCAGAUGUGGUUUGUGGAAAGACUUCACAUCAUUGGAAUCAUUGGCCUUGUUAUAGCAUUUAUUCAGCUGUUUGGACUGAUUUCAUCAAUGUUACUGUUCUGCACAGUCCGGCACAAGAGAAGCUCACAUGCUUACAAGGCAUACAACCCAAACUCAUGAUGCACUAGUUAAGUUACUCCAACUUGUGUGUAGGUCUCAACAAUAAGUGCAUCAAUUCCAUUUUUUGACUAUUCAGAGUCUAACCAAUGAUAAAUUGUACAAAUUUAUUACCUUGUGUUUUGUUACUUUUAUAAUGAGAGAUCUAUGACAUUGAGUGAAUAAGUGUGGAGUAUUGUUAUAACUGCCUCUUCUGAAUUUAGGAGGUAAGGAGGUUGUUACAGGCAGUGGGACCGACACUGUCUAGUUAAUUGAAUUUUUAUAAGAUCUGGUGGAACAUUCUUUUGAGAUGUUCUUAUUAUUUCCAAGAGUAAGAUGGAUACAAAUUUGUGAUUCCUUUCUGAUGCUGUGGUUUUUCAUAUCUCAUAUGUAACAAUAUUCAUUUAUGUAAAAUGCUGUGUUCCUAACAGUAAUUAUCUCUCCAUGAAGCAAGUCUGUAAUCCACUGGCUUCAGUAGCCAAUAUUUUCCAUUAUAUUUAUGCCCAUUUGUAAAUAAACUAUAUUGAUAAAUAAAAUGGAUGCUUACAUUUUAAAAUACUUCUUAAUGUUAUUAAUAUUGUAUUGUUAAGUUUGCUUUUUUAUAUAUACUUUCAAUUUUCCCUAUUGAAAGAAAAUUCAUACCAGUAUUUCCUUUUAUUUUUGUUUUUUGUUUUUUGGCUAUUCAAUUAAUUCAGAAUGGUGCAUAAUCCAAUUCAGUUAUGUUGCAAAUUGAAAUUCUUCGAUAAUAUUACUUAUUGAAGCAAACUCGUUAUUAACUUAUAUUAGAUCUAGAUCCUUAUAAAUCUAACAUCCUUCAAGAUCAUCAUCAUCUUCACUAUUGUUGUUAUCAGUGCUCGAAUCAUAUACAUUCUCUGUCUCAGAUUCUGAUGACCUACAAUUCUUUAAAAAUGUCCUAUAAAAUGACUUAAAUAAAAAUAAAAUGAAAAUAAGUAUGAAAAAUUUGUACGA